AUCAAAGUGAAUUAAUAAAUUUGUUCACUAUUUAACACUAGUACUUCUUAACCUUUUUUCAACUCUUGAAAAGUAAAGCAUUUUCUCUUUAAGUUAAAAAAAGAAAAUAUGACAACUUCAUUUGCCAUGCAAUCCAUAAUUUUGGGAAGUCCAGUUAAGUUGUCACAAAGUAGAAAUGGCUUGAAUCAGUUUGUUCCUAGCUGUUACUUGCCACGCCUUCACAGGAGUUCGCAUCUUCGUGUUAAGUGUAUGGCUGAGGAGGGUGAGAAGUUAGACAAAUCUUCAACCCCUUUGACUGAUUCUGCUGCUACAGUUCCCAAGCCAACACCUGCUCCUUUUGUUAAGCCAAAACCAAGCACCAAUUUCUCCGAUAUAUUCUCAUUCAGUGGCCCGGCACCUGAGAGGAUCAACGGUAGGCUAGCCAUGAUUGGAUUUGUAGCAGCCAUUGGUGUGGAGCUAGCCAACGGUGCAGAUUUAUCUGCACAGUUAUCAAACGGUGGAUUAUUAUGGUUCUUGGGGUCAAGUGCAUUGCUAACUUUGGCUUCACUAAUCCCAUUGUUCCAAGGAGUUACUGUUGAGUCUAAAUCUGAGGGGAUUAUGAGUGCUGAUGCUGAGAUUUGGAAUGGCAGAUUUGCUAUGUUGGGAUUAGUUGCUUUAGCUUUUACUGAAUAUGUUAAAGGAGCUGGCCUUUUCCAAGUCUAAGUAUAUAAA